CGAAUGAUUUUCCAUGUACAGCAACCAAUGCCGUAUGACUUCGCGUACGGAGUGAACGACCCGUACCAGGGCAUCGACUUUGGCCGCAGCGAGAAGAGCGACGGACAUCAGGUACAAGGCUCCUACUCCGUGCAGCUGCCCGACGGACGUAAACAAACUGUGAACUACCGAGCGGACCAUGGCUCGGGCUUUCACGCUGACGUGAUUUACGAAGGCAAGGCUCAGUAUCCUCCAAAGUCUGAUCAUCCGCCCUUCGUGGUCCAGCCCAGCAAAGGUGGAGGCUACCCAGCUCCCCAGCCGUCCUAUCACUGAUCACUGAACGCAUCGCUAUACCCUGACCAAAUACCGUAUCACAAUCAUAGGCGGGCGAGAAUGUGAACUUGUUAAAUCUGUUGCAUUUAUAAUAAAAAAUAAAGCAAAACUCAAACCAA